GGGGUUGGGGCGGGCCCCGCGCGUCCCUGGCGGGCGGUGGCGGCUGCCGGUGCUGUCAUGGCGGCCAUGGCGGCGCUCGCUGCUCUGCGCCUGCUGCUGCUCUGCGCCGCCGCGGGACCCGCGCUGGGCCGGGACCGACCGGGGAAGGUUCUGCUGCGGGACGUCCAGGCGCUCACUCUCCACAGAGGGCAGUACACGACAUCCAGGCGGACAGCCUCGGUCCCUCAGCUGCAGUGCACGGGCGGCUCUGCGGGCUGCUCCCGUGUCCCUGAGGCUGUGCAGUGCUACAACAAAGGAUGGGAUGGCUACGAUGUACAGUGGGAGUGCAAAGCAGACCUGGAAAAAGCCUACCGUUUUGGACAAAUGGAAGUGAGCUGUGAAGGCUAUGAUUACCCAGAUGAUCCUUACAUUCUAAGAGGCUCCUGUAGUUUGCUGUUCAAGCUAGAGCUGACUGAGGAAGGUGAAAGGAAAGUGAAGAACUCUGGAAGCUUUGGCUCUAGCUAUUACCAGUCAAGGAAAGAUUAUUCUGAUUCUGGUUCUGGAGCAAUUGUUGUAAUUGUUCUUCUUCUUCUUGCUUUUGGAGUAUACAAGUUCUUCCUCAGCAACCAGCAGUCUCAGCAGAGUUCUGGGGGCAGUGAUGGCUUCUCUCAGCCCUUCUGGCAGAGUCAGCAGGCACCUCCUCCUCCUGGUUUUAAGUCCACCUUCACAGAUGACAACAGCUUUGGAACUAAUUCCCAUCAUGGAACCAGCUCAGGACCAGGAUUUUGGACUGGAUUAGGAGCAGGAGGCUUGCUAGGCUACUUGGCAGGCAGUCACAGAGCACAGCCACGUUCCCCAUAUCACAGUAUGUGGACAGAUCCCACAGCUGUGCCUCCUAUGCAUGGGCACUCAAGGAAUUCCACAGAAGGCAGCAGCUCAGGAACAAGAACUGCUUCUGGCUUUGGAGGCACAAAGCGAAGAUGAAAUCCUUUACAUUAUUACAUCAGAGUGAUUGAACUAAAUCUUGUUGUGUACUUGUACUUCUUUUAAUAGUAAUGUACUCCAAAAGUGGAUAUGAGGUUUGAAGGAUUAGGCAAAGAAUUCCUCACUUUCUCUGUGGACUCUCACUGCUGUUUAGAGUAUCCCAGGUGCUGCCCACCAAGGGAGCAUCCACUGUUUCAAAUCAGCAGCCUCUCCUACAGAAAAAGCUCCUCCAAGUUAAGAAGAAUGAUGUUACACUGACCAUGUAUCUGUCUCUACUUGAGGCAUUAUGGCAAUGAUAGCCUUACCAGAUUUUCAAAGCAUGUACUCGUGUUCUGGGCUUCAUUUCAUUUGGUCCAGAAUUCGUGAUAAUUUUUUUCCUCUUUCCUGGUAGUCCAGCAUCUACCUGAUACGUAAGGCGUGCUGCUCUUUGAAGCUACUUUUUUUUUGCCUUUGCAGAAUGCAUGUGAACUUUAGUGUAAGUGCAGUCAGCCACUCAGAUAAGUGUUGGAGUUCUUCCUCAGUGAACAAGAGCAAAGCUGUGUAUAAAGAGAUUAACAUUAGUAUGCUUGUGUCUGUGCUAUGUGACUGUUGGAGUAAAAAUACUGCAGAUUCAUGGAUUCUCCAUGUUGCAGAGUUUAUCCAAGAUGACUGUGCAAACCUGGGGGACUUUCCCUAUAAGUUAUUGGAGGUAAAUAAAUAAGUAACCUGGAAAUUUGGACCUUUUCCUGGAAGUCUGAGGUAAUUUGAGUUCAGGUGAUUACAGACAUUUUGCCUGCAUUGAGGCCAAAGAUUUUCUUUUUAAGGGUGGAUGUUGGCAAUGCUGUGAAAACUUAUGAUGUGAAUGGUCUGUCCUGGUAGGUCACCUGUCCAGGGCACAGUAAACCAAAGAUGCUCAUUGCAAAAGGGAAGGGGGAAUGUUCUUAAUGCAAAGAUGAUAGAAUCUCUGGGACACAGCAGGCCUUGAUACUAAGCAAAGAAAGGAAAUUGGAUAUCUAACAGGAUGUAAACUUCCCCAAACAUGCUUUUUAAAAACAAAGUGCUGUCGAAGAGUGGGAAGCAGAGAGGCCUUGCUUAUUCUGUGAUGAUAUUUUGGGGCCUCUGUGAGGUGUCAUACAGUUCUUGGGUGAUUUAUUCUCUCCUGGAAGAGGCAUUGUUGGAUAAAAAGCAGAGAAAUUUCUCAGGAUUGUGGGGAGAGGGGAAGAGUGAAGAAUGGGCUGCUGGAUGACCAGCUCUUCUGCAGAGUCCAUCCUAACAAAGUGUAGAAGUGUUUGUGUGGCAGCAGCCAGAGAAGCAUUGUCUUUCAUCCUUGGGAAAACACUGUGUCUGGGAGUUGAUACCAGCUGUUCCAGUGAAAGCAAAGCACUGUUCAGCUGAUACAGGUUGCAGCUCCACAAGGAGAUUAAAUAGUCAGGUUAGUCUAAGAAAGUGACUUCAGCAUAACUCAGGGAAAAGCAACCGUGUCCAUUCAUGAGUGUAGAAGGAAUUAGUUCAUAUGUUAACACCCAAGUUCAAUGUGUGACUUAAGCAACCAAAAGAGAGAAAAUCAAAAAAGAAAAAAAUAUACAAGCAAACCAAACCAGCAAAUUGAAAAAAGUGCUUCAUGAAAAAGUUCUUGUACUAAAAGUGUUAUCAAUUUAAUUUGAUACUUUCAAAAUGAGGGUGAAAUGGUGGUUUGCUUCUCAGAGCUACCUGAGGGUUUGGGAAAAAUAACUGCAUUAAUAGCCUGCACUGUGACAAAGAUCUUACUCGUGGCCUCCUAGAAAGCUCUGCCUUUUAUGAGAAGUCCAUGGUAAAUCUCUUAUCUUUAUAACAAAGUGUAGCAGAAGAAUAUAUUUUAGAUAUGGAGUUCUUACUUAUUUCUAAGUGUAUUCAGGUUAAGCUUGUCACAGUCAAUACAUGCUUUGCCAACUAAUUGCAUAACAAUGAAACUGGAUUUUUUUUUCUAACUGGGUAGUUGGAAGCUGAAGUUUGCUCUUAAAUUACAGUAUGGUAUGAAGUGUUAUAGACAAUGUUUUCAUUUGUAUUUAUGUAUUUAUGGUUUCUGCUUGAAAUGUGCAAAAUAAAUCUGAUACAUAAUUCUACUAUAGCUUCUGAAUCUGUUUGAGUAUGUUUGCCCUUCCCUCUGAUAAAGGAAUGAAAUAAGUGAAUAAGGAAUAUUUUUGUUUUUCAGUCACUGUCUUGAGGCCUGCAGGGAUGGCACUGUUUGUUUUCUCAGAGUUCUCUGUCUCAUCAUCCACUUCCUGGAUAAAUAAUAUCAUCCUUUUCCCCCAGAUGCAAAGUGGGUAAGCUCUGUGUUGCUUCAAUAAAAUAAAACAGUACUGAGAA